AAUAAAUAUAUCUUAAUAUUCAUUAAGUGUGCAGACCCAAAGUUUCAUCUCACGCAGUAAGAGUGCGCAAGUGUUGCCUUACCUAACUUUCAAUACCUAAAUCAACCUGACGACGCUAUCAUAUACCUAUGUAUGCAUCGUACUCUCGUAUAGAAUACACACACAUACACAACCUACAUAUACUUAUAAGUACAUAUACAUGUACAAUAUGUAUAGAUGCGAAUAGUAUACAGUAAAACCCCAAGACGAGGUCGAUGUCGAUUUGUGUGAUCAGUUUAGGUAGUGAGUUCAAGUCUAGUCAAUCCACAAUAAUAAUUAAAUUAACUGGAUGAAUUUUAUUUAUCUAACAAUACGUGGCGUGAAUCAGCCAUAAGAGGCGACAUCAUCGUCACCGUUGCCAUCCACUGGCUCUACACAUUCACUACAACGUUUUUAAAAUUUUACAUUCAAUGUGUAUCUGUGACCGCCAUUAUUAAUCGAAAGAAUUAAAAAAAAUCAACAAAAUUUGAUAUUUAAUACACAUAAUUAAUUGUCUGUAAAAACAAAAAAAAACAAAGAAAAGAAAAAACAACGAACAAACGAAAAAUUCACACUAAAUUUAAAUCAUCGCCGAGUCAAGCCGAGCUGUACUCAUUGCUAAUCUUCAUAAUUUGCAAGCGUUAUUUAGACUCAUUGCUGCUGCGCAUUGAGUUCUUAUUUAAUUUUUUUUUAUCACCACACCAAUAAACCUAUCCAUAAAUCCAUCAGUUGCAAAGUAAUUCAGGCCUCUGAUAUGUGACAAGGGUGCUGAUAUGUAAAAAGGGGUACUUAGUGUACUUACGCGUGUACCCCAGCCACAAUAGAUAAAAAGUUACACACUGAAUUUAACUUAAAAAAUAUAUUAUUAACAAUUUACUGGUAAAUGCAUACUAAAAUCGACGCACUGGUUAAUAAUUAAUACAGUGUCAAGUGCGCUCAACAAAAAUUAUAAUUAAUGACAACAGGGCCCAAAUAAAAACAAUUGUUAAAAAAUAUUAAAAUUAAGUUUUUUAUAGUGUUCUGAGAGAUGGAGUGUCCGCAUCUUGCACAGAGUGUAAGACUUGGGAGUAAUGAUAUUGAAUGGAAUGACAUAAAAAAUUUACCUUUCGUUUGUGCAGUAUGUGGAACGGAGAAAAGUACGUGGCUAUGCUUACACUGCGGGAACGUACAUUGUGGGCGUUACAUGUCUGGCCACGCACUGCAACAUCAUGAGAAAAAUACUCAUCACUGCGUAUGCAUCGACUGCGAAAAUUUAUCUGUAUUUUGUUAUUCAUGUGAUGAAUAUGUUGUUAAUGAUACAUCAACCGGACAAAUAGAAAAAAUUCGUCAAAAUACAUUUCGCAAAGCUGAACAUAAAGAAAAUGAUGAAAAUUGGAGUUCAUCGUCCUCAUCGGGAUUAGACAAUGGAAAUGGAGAUACUGAUUCAGAUGCGAUAUGGAAAAAUGAAGUUGUUGUAAGAAAUUUGCGACCUCGUACUCGCAAGAGACUUCAUUCGUUUGAUGAAACGAGCGGUGAUAAUCGACCAGUUCCCAAACGACGAAGUUCCAAGGCUACCAAAGAGAAAAAAGUUGUUGGAUUAAGAAAUCUCGGCAAUACAUGUUUUAUGAAUGCUGUACUUCAAUCAUUUAAUAACAUCAGCCAUUUUUGUGAGUACCUUACGCAGAUGCCGAGUCUUGAGGGCAUUGCCUUUGAUGAACCGCCAACUCAUAGAGGACGGAUUGUUGCUCCUGGUAGAGCUAAAGAACUAAGCGAUGCAUUACUUGCUGAAGAACUUAGAAAGGUUUUACUAGGAUUGAGUUUAGGUAGUUCAAAUGGUCAAGCAAUUUCACCAGAAUGUCUCUUUUUAGUAAUUUGGAAAGUGGUCCCACGUUUUAGAGGCUAUCAACAACAAGAUGCUCAUGAAUUUCUCACUUAUAUGCUCGACAGACUUCACACAGAGUUAUUGCAACUCUUACCAAGACUUGGUCACGAACCACUAGGACUUCGUGGCAAACAAAGUAUCGUUACUGCAGUAUUUGGUGGCGCUUUACUCAGUGUGGUACAUUGCAUGAACUGUCGAACAGAUUCAAAAACCCAUGAACCUUUUCAAGAUCUUUCUUUGGAUAUUCCGGAUAAAUUUCAGAGAAGAACAGCAUCAAAAGAGCAAGAAGAAGUGUGCAGUUUGACAUUCAGUCUCUCUCGUUUCUUCAAAGUUGAGGAGCUUGCUGACAGUGAACUUUACUACUGUAAUAACUGUAUGGGAAAACAACGAUCUACCAAAAGGUUCUGGAUUCACAGGCUGCCUAACGUGUUGUGCCUUCACAUAAAAAGAUUUAGGUGGUGCAACUCGUAUCGCUCCAAGGUGGAUACACAAGUUGAUUUUCCCAUGGAAUCACUUGAUAUGUCAACAUUCACCGUGUGUGGAUCUGCUGGCGUUAAGAUUGGUGCACAAAAUAGCCAUCUCUAUGAUCUAGCUGCCGUUAUUGUUCAUCAUGGAUCAGGUGCGGGCACUGGACAUUAUACUGCCUUUGCUGUUCACGAUGGCCAGUGGUUUCAUUUCAAUGAUAGUAGCGUACGUCCAGCAAGCACUGAGUCUGUUGCCAAGUGCAAGCCUUAUAUUCUCUUUUACGUACGCAGAGAAUUUUCAAUUCCACCACCAUUGUGACAUCGCCGAGUAAUUACUAAAAUUCCAGUUAAUGGUGAUAAUAAUUAUCAAGAAAUGGAUGGCGAUAAUUCAAGUACUGCCGCUAAUGCUGACGUUGCUGUUGCUGACGAGUAUAAAAAUGAAAUCGCACAAGGACAAAUAGAAAGUGCGAUUAAUGAGGAUGAUAAAUCAUAAGCGAUUCAAGCGUGCGACACGUCUACGUACUUGAAAUAGAUUAGAUAGAGAAGCGUUGCAUCCGCUUAUUUGAAUGCCUCACGAAAAUAUCGCCGAUUUACGACACGAGAAACAAGAAAAAAUAUUAAUAAAACGACUUAUAUUUGGUUUCUUUUCCACCUCAUUCUCAUUCACUUCUGUGAAUUUUCUGCCCAAUUCUAUUCUCGGGUUUUCCACUACACGUCCUUCCUUUAAAAAAUAUAUAUAGGUAUCUCAACUCUGUCCUCAUUCAUGGACGAAUGAAACAAAAAGUUAAUAAGAAUUUAUUACUAUUUUAUCAGUUCAUAUUUUCCGCUUUAGUAUUAAGCGCAAUUCAAUUUAUAUGCAUAGAUUAUUCUCAUUGCUUUCUUCAAUAAAAUCUAUGCACGCUUAUUGCCAAACUCUUUUCUCAAAUCCAAAAAUUAAUAAACAAGAAAAAAAAAUCUGAAUUUAUAAUUUAAAUAUCAACAAAACGUUGAUGCACAUACAUGAGUAUUCAAUCUUUAUCUGCGAAUUGAGUUUUACUUUACUUAAUACACAGAAAAAAUUCUAUAUUUUUCUAGAUACCUGAUAAUAGCGGUGAUAAAAAUGAUGAUGUAAGAAAUAGAAAAAAAAAUUAACAGUUGCCAAUCGUUUAUACAAUUUAAAUGAAAAUUAAUUGAAAAAUGGUAUUUAAUUGUGAUAUAGAAAAGCGAAGGCAUUAAUAUCUGAAUUUAGAGUCAGAAAAAUGUGUAAAACGACAUGUAUAGGUUUAUUAUAUAUUUAUACAUGGACAGAAAUGUGGGUGUAUUUAUAAUUCGUAAAGCAAGUACGUAAAGCAUUUCAUCUGUAAAUUGAAUGUAUCAAAUGAUUGAUAAUUUUAUUUAAUAUUAUGAUCAUAUGUGUGUAUUAUUUUUUAAUCUAAAUUUAAAUUAUAAUAUUGUAACAAACGCAUCAUCAAAAUCACUGCGUGACAAUAUUUCCAUUAUAAAAACUGAUUCUCAGACAAUUAACUGAUUAAAAUUAGAACGGUAUUUUCAAUUUAAUUUUUUAGGAUUUUAUACUUUAUUAUAUUCUCGCAUUUCUUUUAAAAAUUGUAUGUAACGUAUUUUAAGAUAUAGUUUAUUUUUUAAUAUUAAAAUUUAGGAUUUAGUUUUAAAGUUGUUUUUAUGGCAAUUAAUGGCAUGAAAUUUUAAAAUGGAGUAUGAACAUGAGAUUUUUUUGAUAAUUUUUUGUAUUCUUAAAAAGGAAAUCCGAAAAAGUUUUGGGCAUAAUGGUUUACAAUUCAAUUGAACAAAUAAUAGAUAAUACAUCUGCGUAAGAACUGAUCGUUUACAUAACGAAAAAAUAUGUAACGCAGAAUUUUUUUUUCCUUUUUUACUUUUCAUUCGAUUUUCUCAUUAUCAUAAUUAUUAUUAUUAUUAUUAUUAUUAUUAUUAUUAUUAUUUCUUAGGAGUUAUUUAAAUAAGAAAAAUCUAUUCAUAUAUCUCUAUCAUUCAUUAGGCUAUCUCUGUUGCAUAAGGAAAAAAAUGAUAAAUUGUAAUCCUCAAUGGCUGUUUUGUGAUUAUUUAAAAGACUUAUUUUUUCUAUCAUUACUAAAGAUAAUAAUUAAGAUAUUAAAUUAAGUUGAGAGAUGUAAGCCGAAGGAAACAUUUAUUACAUAUUAUUUUAUUAUUAUUAUUGUUAUUAUAUUAAUUAUGAUUAUUACAAUUAUUUUUAUUAACAAAACUAGAAUAACAAAAAAAUAAAAAUUUGCAAGUAAAUAACUAUAUUGAUAAAAAAAGGAAAGUUACUUAUUUAUAGACAAUUGGAAUGAAAGAAAAAACACAUAUGUGUAUGAUAGUUAAAGUAGGGAAACGACAAAAAUAUAAAUAAUAAAUAAACCUUGCCUAUGUAUAAACUAAUAAAUAAAAUGUGAUUAAACACUUUUCACAUAAUUCUUGGUGAAUAAACAUCUGUUACAAAAUACACUGAUAACUGAGCUUAA